AUGCGUAUGGAUGACCUCGUCAUCCCUGCGAAGAAUGGGGAGCACAGAAACAUUCCAAAGGCGAAGUUCAUAGAAAAAGUGGAGACAUUUGUCGGGGCCUGCAACCCGGUAUCUGUGGAGUAUCUCUUCAAAGAACUUCUACAGUACAGCUGCAAUCUUCUCACUCUCCGCAUGAUAUUUGCCCUUAGCAAAGAUGGUUACGGGAAAUAUCGUUAUAUGGAGCGUUCUAUAUUGGAACAGAAAGAUACGCUGAGGGCCAAGACACUCGCUAUAAAAGAGACACUAAGUGCACUGGAGAUGCUGAAGAGGCAGCGCGACAUCGCCAAGGAGGGAGGCGAUGGGGAACUCCAAACACACUUCCAACUCGCUGAGACAAUCCACGUGCAGGCUACUGUUCCUCCAACUGACACCGUUUGUCUUUGGCUCUCCGCCGAUGUAUUUGUGGAGUAUACCCUACAGGAGGCGGAGGAUGUCCUCAACAAAUGCCUCAAGUGUGCAAGCAAGUACUUGGAGGAAGCGGAGGACGACAUGGAGUGGUUAAGGACCCAAAUAACUAUGACCGAGGUCAACAUAUCCCGCGUGCACAAUUACGCAGUGUCGAAACGGCAACUGGAUCAACCCGCUGUUGGCACCGGCAAGCUUUCACACAGACAGCCCGAACCCUCCCUAAUUUCUUAA